AUGCCUCUAGCUGCACCGGUCGUGACGACUGGCCCGCCCCGGCCGACUGAUCGUGGUGUGCCAGUUGGACUUAAUGAAGCUGCUCUCGACUCACCGACGUUCCGCGCAACCGCCAGUCACUUUACCGAGCAAAUCGAGGCUGUUGAGAAAUGGCUCAACGGCUACGUGAACUCAACAUCCAAGUUCGCCCACGAGAUCCAGGGGCUCGAAGAUACCAUCAACACGUAUUUGACCAAGACGAUGCCGUCGGCCGCCGACGGAAUCAUUGAAAAUGAUUACGCUUUUCUGGCCUUGAAACGCGUUGCCGAUGGCCAAAGAGAGUGUUGGCAGCAGCUAUUAAGCAGCGUUAAGAGAAUGGACACUGCCGUUAUAGAUCCCAUUCGGAACUUUCUCAGUGGCGACAUGCGAAAUUUCAAGGAGAUACGGAGGAUAUUAGAGCAAUCGCAAAGGGCUUACGAUUCAACUCUCGCGAGAUAUGUAGGGCAGUCAAAGACAAAGGAACCAUCGGCUCUUCGCGAAGAUGCCUUUUCCGUAUACGAGAAUCGAAAAGCGUAUAUCCAGGCAUCGCUAGACUAUUGCCAGCUUGCUCCUCAGCUCCGACUGGCUACGGAUAAACUUUUGGUAAAGGUGUGCAAUGAGAUAUGGAAAGACCUGACGCGAUCGAGAGACGCCGUAGUGAAUGCUACCAGAUGGACCCGGGAAAUGGAUCGUGUAUGUGGAUGGGCCAAGGAGAUGGAGGCUUCAGAGGGCGUCUUUCGAACGGAGCUACAAGCUGUGAGAAGGGAGUUAGGAGAGACGACUCUUGAGGGCUUCAAACCUUCUAGAGAGCUCGAAGAUUACAGCGCAUCCACGGUGCCGUUUUUGGGCUCCCGAGGGCCGCUCAAUUUACGACCUAAGGAUGGCACUGCGGUCAUAUCAGAGAAACAGGGCUGGUUGUUUUUGAGGACAAUGUCAGGCAAACCGGUUCGGUACAACUGGACUCGGAGGUGGUACUACUGCCGUGAUGGCGUCUUUGGAUGGUUAGUGCCUGGGCCCCAAGGAGUACUCCAAGGUGACGAAAUUGGCGUUUUGCUUUGCAAUGCCAAGCCUGCAGUCGGCGAAGAGCGUCGCUUCUGUUUUGAAGUCAAAACAAAGAACCAGACCAUGAUGGUACAAGCUGAGAACCAAAGGGAACUUAUGGAAUGGCUUGAAGUUUUUGAGGCCACCAAGAAGAAGGCGUUCGAAACAACUAUGGGCAAUAAUGAUAACUCUGUUGCUGGUGGCACUGACCCGGCCUUCUCGAUACACCCACCCAGCGCUCCGGAGUUUUCAGCCAAGGCCUUUGAUAACCCGACCGGCGCCGUUGAUGACGCUGGUCCCGGAUUUGAUCGAAGCGCAACUCUUUACAUACCCGGGCAGGACGCACAUGUUGGAGCUCGUCACAGUGUUGACGUUAACAAUGCAAGCUUGGGUCGGCGCUCCUUUAGUGCACUAGGAAGAGAUUUGGCCCGAGAAGAUGACGAAAGCAGGCGAGACCAUGCUGCAAGAAUCAUUCAGAAACUGGACCUUCAUAGAAAAUCGACAUUCGGAGCUGGGGUAGAGCCCGUGCCACUGAGCCCAGGUAUGCCAAACAACGGUGUUGCGAGUCUCAUAUCUGCCAGCCAUAACCUGCUGCCCGCUCAUUCGGGGACGCAGGCAUCUGCGAGUACCCCUAAGCAGCCUUCGGGAUUUCUGCCAUCGCUGGAUACCCCCCCGGGAUCUCUUGCUCCCUUGACUUUGGCCAAACCACCGGCUACAACAAGCCUUAGUCGUGCGGCUGUGCUCUUGACGGCCGAGAAACGUUCUGUGUCCAACAGCAGGAAGUUGCCAACGUCAGUCGUUGCAAAUUACUGGGGCAGCAAUGUCUGGGCCACGAUUAAUACGCCGGAGCAGCCAGUUUUGCCAAGACGCGACGAUGAUGAUCCAAUUGGUGUGGUUUUGGCGCAAAACUCACAGACCAGUCUCCCUGGCGCUGGUAGCCAAGGCCAUACUAGCCGUCCACUUCCACGCAAUUACCCGACGGAGCUGAGGGCUCAAAAUGCCCAGUUUCGCCUGCUCUUCCCGAAUGCGCCGCUAGGAGAGAAUCCUGUCUUGGUCUUUCGUGCGGCGUGGUCGAGUUCCAAAGAACGAGACUCCCCAAGUGACACUCUUGCUGGAGACGGUAGAAUUUAUGUCACACCUGAUAACAUGUACUUUUACAGCCAACAGAUGGGCCUAGUCACAGCGUACAGCAUUAGCCUUGACAUAAUUACGGAGGUGACAAGUGCUGCUGGGAGGGACUGUGACUUUAUCUUCAUACAUCUUGGCCAAGACACAAACGACACGGGCUAUAGCUGCAUUACUGUCAAGGUGUUCUUGGACGACCUCCACCUGCUUCAUACUCGUCUGAACCUCCUGGUGGAUAACUUGCAAGCCGAGGAGCCCAUGGAUACACAAGACAUUAUUUCAGCGUUAAUCAACGUUGAGAAGGAAGAAUUUGAGCGGCCUAGCCCUGGCGCUGAAAGCUGGGAAGGCGCGUCGCCGAUCUCACCCAUUGAUGAUGGUACAUCUUCAGGCUUGCCAUUAGCAAGAAGCCAGCGUGAAUACGGGUCCCAUCUUCACCCGUCCAGGUCGCCGCUGCGACUCCCAGGAAAGCUACAUCUCCCGUCACGACCCGUCGUCUAUGAGCCCGAGAGCAUGACACAAAUGGCUGCCGAACGGCACUUCGAAAUUAGUGCCAAAGCAUGCUUCCAUGUGCUUUUUGGCGAUAAGAGUUUCGUCUUCCCCAAGCUCUACUUCGAACACCGAGCCCAGCAGAUUGCGCAGGGACCUUGGGCGCUUGUUGACCAGGGACAAAUGCGGCGAGAAUUUCGCUUCAAGGUGGACUGUGUUGAUAUGCUUGGUCGGAAGAAAUCGGAGAAUGUUAUCGACUACCAGAGUAUUGACGUAUACAGUGACCAUGUCACGUACGUUGUGACCAAUGUCAAAACAGCAUGGCAUUUGCCUCAUUCGGGUAGCUUCAAGCUGGUGACGAAAAUUGUCAUUACACAUGUGGCAAAAUCUAAAUGCAAGCUCGCCGCGUACGUCAAGAUUGACUGGUCCAAAACGCCAGCACUCUCGAAGAAUUUGGUUGAGCGGCAGGCUCUGCGUGACGCUGUCAAUGAUGCGGAAGAGAUGGCAGAGUUGGCGACAGAUCAAGUUCGUAAGCUGGGACCUCGAAGCCGAACGAAUAGAGCCAUCCAGGUAUACGGCCAUGUUGGCCAGCAGACGCAGGUUGUUGUGUUUUCGCCAGCGGCUGCGGAGUCGAGCAAGAAGCAAGCGAUCAAGCCGCGUACACUAACGGCUAUGCUAUUCGAGACCGUCAGGUCGUUCGGAGAGAGUGCAGUCUCCUCACUCAUCAUGUGGGCGUUUGCCGGAUUGAAGACACUCUUUGGCAUCAUUACGGCGCAACGGGUCAUUGUUAUCCUUUUGGGCUUGAGUGCCCUGAUGAACCUAUUGUUGACUUCGGCAGAGUCUUCAACCUGGUGGAAAGAGCGCAGCGCGGCAAGAUUUAUGCGACGAAUCGGUGUAGCACCCAACCCAAUGAUGAGCAAAGCAAUUUACUUUGCGGAUCUGGACGAAGCCACGGGUGCUCACGGGCAGGCAUUGAAAUUUCCCAAGAACAGUACAUGUUUCAGCACGUACAAGAGCAUCUUGGACACAACGGAGAUUGACAUUCCGUGGGAUGAAGCCGGCGCCACGCUCUCAUCGCCGUCGAGUCGAGCCACUGCACGUAGGCUGCGACGAACGAGACAGCGCUUAGGAUCAUACCGACACGACUUGAUGGUGGCGAUGCGCGUAGUCAACAGCAUAGAGAGGGAGAUGUUGCAGUCUGAAUGGGAGAAUUGGUUAAUCAAUGAGAAAUCGCUAUGCGAUGACCUCGACCUGGUGCUGGUGGAAGACGGCAAGGACGAAUCAGCCAAGGGCAGCUCACCGAAUCAAAAGAUUAUGGGGCUAUUGACGGGAAGUCGGAAGAAGGCAUUGCAGGAAUGGAGAGAUGAUUAUUGUGGCAGCUGUCGACGGGAUUUCGAAUCUGUCAUCAAGGAGAGAAUAGUUUCAGGGGUGUAA